AUGAAAGAAGAUGGCAAAAGGGAAUUUGUGAUCCAUAAAGCAAGCCUGAAGAUCAACAAUUUCGCAAUCGGUAAUUCUGAACGUGAACCAAUUUGGUUGCAUUCCAUCAAGUCCAGAUUCCAUAUGCAAUAUCGCAUGCCGCAUGAAUUUAUCGGACUCAAAAUUCUCCCAAUUAGCAACAUUUUCCGAUUACUGGAAGCCAUUGUCAUCAGUCACGAAGUAAAACAUUGUGAAAUGCCUCCACAGUGUCACCAUCGGUGGAGACUCAAAAAGCAUAACAUCUAUUUAAUGAUUAAUGACGAAGAUUCUGAAAAAUCGGAAAAUGAGAUGAAUAGUCAUUGGUUGAAUAGUGAAGCAGUGAGCUGGACUGAUGAAACACGUAAUAGUUUUGAUAUGAUGAAGGAUACAAGAUCGAUUGUUCCCUCAUCUUAA